UCCUCUCGCCGUGUUCCCGCGCCGUUCCGGUCUUCAGGGCGGACUGUGAGAGGAGAGGAGUUAGUCACGCUGCCCCGCCUACAUCCUGACAGCCAAUGUUUGCCACGCUCUGCGGGCCGGAUUAAAAGGUCCGCCGGGCCGUACUGCAGAGUCCUGACUUUUGGGGCGGCCGCCCGAGAGGAGGGAGGGGAGGUGGGCGCCCGGCACACAGAAGAGCCGCAUUAAAAUGUGUAAAGAGCCGCGGCUUGCCGACCACUGGCCUAGAGCAAUAGGCUGGUGGAAGCUUAGUGCU